AUGUUCCGCGGAGUAACCGGUGUGAAGUUGCUAGAGCUGAGCAGCAAUCUUAUCGAAACGGUAGAGCCGGAUACAUUUUCCGAACUAUUAGACAUAACCAUUAUCAGUCUGCUAAAUAAUCGCAUAAAGUUUCUCCACUCUAACACAUUCAAAAACAACGCUCUGCUUCAGCAAAUUAAGAUUGCGUUUAAUCCGAUACUUCUACCCGAUUACAGUUUUGCAAAUUUAAGCAAAUUUAAAGUUGUCAAAAUGGAUAGCUGUGGCUUGCAAAGCAUUCCCCAUCACAUAUUUACAGGAUCAGUGAAUUUAUCAGAAAUACAACUGUCGAAUAAUUCUCUAACGACUAUUCCGAAAACUCUCUUUGAUGGUCUAGACUCUUUAAUGAAGCUGGAUUUGUCUCAAAAUCGAUUGACCUCGAUUCCAGAUGAAGCGUUUUAUAAUCUUCGUAAACUAAAAGAACUACAUCUUGAGAAGAACGAGCUGACGGUGUUGGGAGCUGAUAUGUUCUUAGGUUUGGAAAAUUUGCAGAAACUAAUCUUAAGCAGAAAUAAAAUCGCCAGAAUAGAGAUGAUGAGUUUCCGCGAUCUGUUGGAGCUCCGACACUUUCAUUUGCCUCAUAAUAGAUGCGUCAUGGUUUCUGAUAGGAUCACGGGCGUUACUGCUUUGGGAUUCUGCGUCAAGAUCGAUGAGGUGUUGUGCACCAUAAUAAAAUCGAGAUCAUACCCGAAAAUUAUUUUGACUUAA